CCACCGAACGUUGCGGCCCUCGGCGUUCGGAAGCCACUAACGGUCGAGGCUCGAGCAUCGCCGCGAGCAGAGUCUAAUGAGCAUUAUACUGCCAAACACAGAAAGCCAAUCUUGUUCAUUGUUGCUGCUGGAAAAUGACUUUGAUAACACCUUGGCUGGAGAACUUGAACAGGAAAUGGAGGAUGUCCAGGAGAUUUCACAGUCUAUAGGGGACAACAGCUCAGAAGGUUUCAGUGGUGAUGAGAACCAGACUUCAGGAAAUGGUCCUGGAUCAAAUGAAACAGUAACAGAUACUUUAACCCCUGCCUCCAGUCCAUCUUCAGUAAACUUCCCUGUAGCAUUGUUAACCCAAGAUGAAGCUUCCACCUCAGGGCUAAGUGUUGAGUGCCGUGUGUGUGGGGACAAGUCCUCUGGCUUCCAUUAUGGCGUACAUGCCUGUGAAGGCUGUAAGGGAUUUUUUCGGAGGACAAUUCGAUUGAAGUUGGACUAUGACCAGUGCGAACGCAAUUGUAAGAUACAGAAAAAGAAUCGCAACAAAUGCCAGUAUUGUCGUUUUCAAAAGUGCCUUCUUGUGGGAAUGUCACACAAUGCCAUUCGAUUUGGCCGAAUGCCACAAUCUGAAAAGGAGAAAUUGAAAGCUGAGAUUCUGACACUAGAGCAAGAUGUACAGAAUUCACAGAUGGCUGAUUUGAAAUCCCUCGCGAAACACAUGUAUGAGGCCUACCUAAAGAACUUUAACAUGAACAAAACCAAAGCCAGAGCUAUCUUGACAGGAAAAGCUAACAACACCCCACCUUUUGUCAUCCAUGACAUGGAGACCUUAUGCAUGGCAGAGGAGAACUUGGUGUCAAAACAAGCUGUGAAUGGGAUGCAGAACAAAGAAGCUGAGGUUAGAAUUUUUCACCGGUGCCAGUACACAUCUGUGGAAACAGUGAGAGAACUGACAGAAUUUGCCAAGUGCAUCCCUGAAUUCAUAAGCCUGGACUUGAAUGAUCAAGUGACCCUAUUAAAAUACGGAGUUUAUGAAGCCAUGUUUGCUAUGUUAGCAUCCAUUAUGAACAAGGAUGGGCUGCUGGUAGCCUAUGGGAAUGGUUUUAUGACUCGAGAGUUUUUGAAAAGUCUGCGGAAGCCAUUUAAUGAGAUAAUGGAACCCAAGUUUGAAUUUGCCAUGAAGUUCAAUGGACUGGAGUUGGAUGACAGUGAUUUAGCUCUCUUUGUGGCUGCCAUCAUUCUCUCUGGAGAUCGACCAGGUCUGGUGAAUGUGUCACAAAUCGAACAAAUGCAAGAGAGCAUCGUUCAAGCACUUAGACUCCACCUGCAUAGUAACCAUCCAGAUGCUGCCUACCUGUUCCCAAAACUUCUUCAGAAGUUGGCUGACCUCCGGCAGCUGGUUACAGAGCACGCUCAACUUGUUCAAAAGAUCAAGAAGACUGAGGCAGACACUUCCCUACAUCCACUUCUGCAGGAAAUUUACAGGGAUAUGUACUAACACUAACACAGGCUCAAAACUGUAUCAGAGUUCACAAGCUUGUGGCACUACUCCAAAUAAUUAAGAGUGCAAGGAUUGCUUGAUUAAUCGGCAAUUGUUUGUUCCGUUGCUCUUCACUCAGGUAACUAUAACACAAUUGGCUGGGGAAAUGCAAUCUGGGAUUACAUACUGUACCUUACCUUAUUAAAUGUACAGGAAUUGAUUUGAAGUAAAUUGGUUCAUCCUUCAUGUAAUACAAAUAAUGCACUACAUUUGUUUGUUUAUGAUUGAAGCAUACGUUUAAUUCAGAUUGUUUUACUGUCUGAACUGGUGUCUUUCCUUGAUCAAAAUCUUAGAAGAUAUCAGAUCACAAGAUGGAAAUGUAAAUUUGUUGAAAAUGUUAUAAUUACUGUAUCUUUUAAUUUGACCAAGAAAGGCUUGGUAUCCUAAGAGUGAAUUAAUCCAGAAAUGUCAAUCAUUGCACUCCUAAUAAUGAACAAGUGUGAAAGAGUCCACUAUUUUUUCAUAAACGUCACAAACUCAAAGAUUUAAUGCCAUAUUGUCCUUUACGUUUCAAAUAAAAUGAGAAUGCUCAUUAUAUUUGAAGUCAGAUAUUUUUAGAUGUGAUUUUAACAAACUGAUGUAAACUGUAUACCUUUGUAUAUUUUGCACAAAAAGGGAAAAGCUACAAAUUUUGAACAGCAAAUGUUUUGAUAAUUAUGAUAGUCCAAGACAAUUCAGUUAAAACAACAGUUAAAGAGAGAUCAAACCCACUAUUAAUUAAUUUAAAAUAGAAGGAUUAUGAUGCCUGGCUUGGAAAUGCCUUCAUCCACAUUGUGGUGAGAUUACUUGGAUUUUUGGUUUUAGGGGAUACUGUUGAAAUUCUAGUUUUCCUACAAUGUUUAAUUUUCCAUUCAAAACUAUUUUUUAAAACUAUGCUUUUUCUUAAAACUGGUAAUUGACAAGAAUCUUUGACAUCAGCAUGUGUUAAUUACACACAGUGCCUUUAAGGAUAACUAAUCCUUAUUUUUUUUUAAUUAUUGAUCACCUCCCCUUCCCCCACCUCCUC